AUGGAAUCUCAGUCGAGCACCAACAGCGGCCAUAACGUCAUGCUAGGAGACGACAAGAAAGUCCUUGUUGAAGAUGGUGUCGUGCAGACCACUUUGUCUGGCGAAGUACAUAUAUCCGCCAGCACGGCAUUAGAUCCCGCCGCGGAGAGGAGAUUGCUCUGGAAAUUCGACCUUCGCAUUCUUCCAUGCCUGGCCAUUAUGUACUUCUUCAAUGCGUUGGACAAAGGAAACCUCGGCAAUGCAAAGACAGCAGGUCUGGAGAAAGACCUCAAGCUCAAGGACGGACAGUACAAUCUCAUCCUGUCAAUCUUCUUCAUCCCUUAUGUCUUGACCGCGCCGUUCCUUGGUCUGGCCGGUAAGAAGUUUGGGCCGAGUCGAGUGCUGCCGGCGAUGAUGAUGACUUUUGGGUUCGCGACGCUGAUGGGAGUUGCUGUCAAGAACUUCGGUGGCCUCAUGGCAACUCGUUGGUUUCUCGGCAUGGCCGAGUCUGCCUUCUUCCCACUGGUGAUUUACUACCAAACGACAUUCUACCGACGAGGUGAGCUCGCGCGGCGCCUAGCGAUCUUCUAUGCCGCCUCCUCGAUCGCGAAUGCAUUCGGAGGUCUCUUAUCGUUCGCCGUGUUCCACAUCCACACGGGCGCGCUGGAGAACUGGCGAUACCUGUUCGUGAUCGAGGGGGCGUGCUCGAUGCUCUUCGCGUGCUUCGCCUUCUGGUUCCUGCCGUACGACGCGCAGUCGGCACGAUUCCUCACCAAAGAAGAGAAAGAACUGGCCUUCUACCGCAUCCAGGUCGACUCGUCGUCGGUCGUCAGCGAGAGCCUCAACAUCCGGUCCGCACUCGCCAUCUUCAAACACCCGACCAGCUGGGUCAUCCUGGCCAUCGAAAUGUGUCUCGGCGUGCCGCUCCAGUCCGUCUCGCUCUUCCUCCCCGUCAUCGUCAAGCAGCUCGGCUACUCGACCGUCAAGUCGAACCUGUACGUCGUCGCACCCAACAUCACGGGCGCCGUCAUGCUGCUACUCCUAGGCUUCGCGUCCGACUUUACCCGAUGGAGAUUCCCCUUCGUCGCGCUCGGCUUCGCCUUUACCUGUAUCGGCUUCAUCAUCUUCGCCGCCGUCGACCACUCGAACCUCACCGUCUCGUAUUUCGCCUGCUUCAUGAUGACCUGGGGCACGAGUGCGCCCAGCGUGAUCCUCGACGUCUGGUACAACAACAACAUCGCCGACGAGAACAAGCGCAUGAUGUUGACGACCGUGGGCGUUCCGGUCGCGAACCUCAUGGGCGUCGUCAGCUCCAACAUCUUCCAAAACAAAGACGCCCCGAAAUACCUGCCGGCGCUGAUCACGACGGCCGUCUUCGGCGCCACGGGCUGCCUGCUGACGCUGCUGCUCGGCGCCUGGAUGAUGUUCGACAAUAAACGCCGCAACAUGCGUGCCGGCAAGACCAUUCGCGCCAAGGACGUGCCUUCGGAGCGCCUCAGGGACGGGCCUGAUGCCGUCGAGUAUCGCUGGUUCUACUGA